AUGGCGGUCGUCUCGACAGGCCCAACAACCGUCGCCGUCGUAUCCCAGAACUUUCUCAAGGCCACCGCCCGAUCCAAAACGAGCCUGACCCAGAUCGAGUCCCUUCGUGCCUCCUAUCCUCUCAAGCUCAUGUCCCCCGCCUCUACCAACACCACCCCUUAUCCUUCCGCUGCCGCCUCUCCUACCGUCCCUAAUGCACACGUAAACUCCGAAACAACAGGGACUGCAACAGAAACAACGGCGGCACAAUCACUGCCGCCACCACCAAGGAUCGUCUACAUGAUCACCUACGGAGGCGGCCUACUAGCCGACGACCACCCAGACCUCCAAUUUGUCCUGGCACGCCACGCAAAGCUCCUAGUCCUGGGUCAGGGUAACACCAAGAUCUAUAAAAGCCCCCGGGUCGAUUACCCGCCCGCCUCGCAGACAUUGCACAGUACUGUGGGCCCAGGAGCAGUGUUCUUGUUUCUGGGUCCUGCGGUUGUGGCGUGUGAGGAUUCGAGUGUCUUUUUGAGGCAUGAGAUUGUGUUGCAGGCUCAGCGGAGGUCGCGUCUACAUUCUGCAGGGACUGGAGCAGGAGCGGAAGUCAGGGAUCAGGAGAAAGGAGAAGAGGAUCUGGAGGAGGAGUUACCGAACUGUGUUGUUUUGGAUUGGAUUGCAGGAGGUCGUGGAGAGGAGGAGAGGUGGAAGGCUCGGAGGGCCGAGUGGCGAUUGGUCGUCCGGUGGGCAGACCUCGAGCCAGAGUCUGAGGCAACCGCCACCGCUACUACCGGAUCGAAUCAACCCGAGACUCAAGGAAAAGCAGAGGAUGAUGAAGACGAGGAAGAGUUUGUGGAAGAAGAGGAUCCUCGGGAUGUUGCGGACAGGGCCGCAGGCGGUCCAGUCAUCUUCCGGGACGGCUUCCUGAUCGAACACAACCCACCCAUGCCAUCCUCCAAAUCCAAGACGUCUUCUCCAUCGUUGUCGCCUCCUGCAGGAUCAGCUAAACCAACAUCCACACCUCCAACUGCCGGCACGACCCCAAAGCCCACACUGGUCCCCAAGAUGACCUCCUACGCGCCCUCACUCUACCCACAUUCAACCAUCGGAUCGCUCUUCAUCAUGGGCCCCAAAACCGAACGUCUUCAACAAUACAUCCUCAAACGGUUCGAACACAUCACCGUUUACCCUGGCCAGAAAUCCGAGCUCCGUCCCGAUUACCCAGUCCUCUGGAGCGCCACCAUCAUCCAAAUCCCUCGACCCUCUGCCGCUUCGGAUACGACUUUUGUGCCCAGGAGGAAACGGAUGAUGAUGAAGGCUAUGGUGGUCAAGAUGGCUUCUCAGGGGAUCGAACAAAUGCAGGAUUUCUUGAAGUCGUUGUUUGAGGAGCAUGCGUUACAGGAGAGUAGGAGUAACAAGUUGAUGGAUGAUAGCGAUCAUGAGGAGGAGGAUGACGAAGAGCUUGCUCGCCGCAUGAAGAAGUCUUCGAUUCACGGAUUGGGGACCGGAAACGGAGUUGGAGGGCUUUCGGUCAUUGACCAGUUGUUUGGAGGACGUGUGACUUGGGAACGUGCAUUCCGGUGA